AUGACCCGUCUUUACCUCUUAUCGGCCUUGUUGCCGAUCUUCGCCAAAGCCUUGGCCAUCGGUGCCACAAACCAGGCAGCAGGAGCAACCCAGAACGAGGCCAACCUUGUUGAGGGCGCUUUCAUCGUCGAGUGCAACAGCCUCAGCGAUGUCAAGUCUCUGAAACAAGAGAUCCAGAGCCUGGGCGGCACUGUUCGCCAUAACUACACUUCCGACACCUUUUUCGGCCUCUCCGCGCAGCUGCCUGGUGGGAGUGAUGGCAAGGCUAGCAACUUCUCUUCUGAGAUGAAGACCAAGAGCGGCGUCAAGAACGUGUGGCCGGUCGAGACUGUGACGCUCCCCACAGAGGCGACAGAAGAGAUCAAGGAAGUGCAGGAGAAGUUGCAGAGGCGUGGCAGUCGCCGCGCUACCGAUGGCAAGGCGCCGUGGAACCAUCUCAUGACGCAGGUCGACAAGCUUCACGCGGAGGGAUACUCUGGCAAAGGAAUCAAGGUCGGCGUUGUUGACACUGGUGCCCUCGGUGGUUGCUUCGGCCCCAACUGUCGGGUAGCUUUCGGAGGCUACUUUGACGGAAACACCGUCCAGCCUGAGCCCAUCGUUACUCAUAGCUACGGCACCAUCGUUGCUAGCAUCUUGGCCGGAUAUAGCGAAGAAGACGGCUUUGUCGGCGCGGCGCCCAACGCGACGAUCGGAGCCUACAGCAUCGGCGGCGGGGCUACCCACGCCGAGGACAGCAUCAUUGCUGCCUGGCUCCAGGCCGAAAAAGACGGCAUGCAAGUCAUCGUAUCCUCGUUCGGCUACCAGGGCGGCAACUGGGCACAGCGGCCGACAGCUAUGGUCGUCUCUCGUCUGGUCGCCAAAGGCAUCCCCUGCGUUGUUGGGAUCGGUAACGAGAAAAGCAACGGCUUGUUCAACGUCAUGAACCCGUCGUCCGGCCGGGGCGUCAUCAGUGUCAACUCCUUCACGGAACAAGGUUAUAUUGCGAGCCUUUCGGCGUCCGGGCCGACGGCGGAGCUGGACAUCAAGCCGCAGGUCGGUGCGCCAGGCGAGCAAGUGCCGGUUGCGUACGCGGACGGUAGCUACGGCAAGAACAGCGGCACGUCCUUCGCGGGACCGCUUGUCGCGGGCAUCAUCGCCCUCGUCGCCGAGGCCAGAGGCACCUUUGACCCGGCACUGAUUGAAUCCCUUCUCGUGUCCACGGCUGAGCCGCGAGGCGAGCCCAAUUACUCGGUCGCUCUCCAGGGCGGCGGCCUCAUCCAAGCCUGGGACGCCGCGCACGCCACGACUCUUGUGCAGCCUGCCAGCCUCGCCUUCAAUGACACCGAUCACCGGGUGCCCAAGCUGAGUCUGAAAAUCACCAACACGGCCAAGUCGGAUGUGAAAUACCAGCUCUCCAGCAUUGCCUCCGAUUCGAUUUACACUUUAGGCGAUUGGGGUAUAAAGCAGGACGAAACCAUCCAGAGUUCGGCUCAGAUAAAGCUGAGCCAGAGCAGCUUUACCCUGACUCCCGGCCAGUCGACUUCCGUCGAUGUCUCGGCUUCGGACCCCGAGGGAGCUGACCCCAACCGCUUGCCAGUGUGGUCUGGCUAUAUCAAGAUCCAGGAGACCGGUUCGUCUAGCAAAGCGCUGACGGUCCCGUACCUUGGCGUGGCGGGCUCACUUCGCUCAAUGCGUGUCAUCCCUUUCGCCGGCCACGUUUCGGUUCGAAACUGGGAUCGGCCGGCUAAGAUGAGGUACAACAAGAUUGGUGAUACUCCAGUCGUUGUGGCAGACCCUCCGUCCAUGGGUAAGGAAGGGCUCGGCCGCAUUGAGAAUUUCCAGUGGCCCGCCGAUACCAUCCAUAACAACCCCGUUGCCAUCUUCGACAUCAAGGUUGGAACGCCGCGAAUCGAAGUCCACGUCGUGCCUCUGGACAUUUGCCCGAAGCAGACCGACGAGAAGCUCAGCAUCGGCAAGGCUUGCGUUCCUGAGUCGAGCCUGGUUGACGUUGCAGGCAUCAAGUCUAUCGGAGUGAUCGCCGACUACGAGCAUAACUACAAGGGUCGUGGGGAUGAAGAGAACGUCUUUGUGUUCAAGGGCCUGCUUGAGUCUGGCGAGUAUGCUCCUCCGGGUAGAUACAAGUUUGUCGCUCGCGCCCUGGCUCUUUUUGGGGAUGCGGAUAAUGAGGCCCACUGGCAGGUGCAGGAGACGCACAAGUUUACCUUUGGGUAUGAAUCGAACCUGAUUGAAGUCGCGUAG